AUGGCCUCUAAUCUAAAAGUCACCUUCCUGUUUCUUUGGUUGCUUCAGUGUAGAGGGGGAAAGGUCGAUGUACAGCAGGAACCUCCAAUCCAGGUUGCACUGCUAAAGGAAGGAAUAUCCAUUCCCUGUAAAGUCAUCUUCCCUUACACGGCGAAAUACACCAAAUUUUCAAUCUUCUAUUACUGGAUUAAUUCACUGGGUCAGAAUACAUCCAUCUAUAGUAGGUUGGAAAAUGUAGCCAUCCCUUCUGGAAAAGAGAAUACGACUGCUGUCAUAUCUUACGACCACAGAAUCAUGCCACUUGAAAACACCUUUUCUACUGGCACAUACUACUGCAAGGUCAGAUGGAAUAACAUGCAGAAAAUGGGAAAGGGAGUGUUUGUCCUUGCUAGAGGUACAGGGUACGUAGAGACCUCUUAUGGGUGGGAAAUCCUCAUUACCCUUACUGCUCUUCUUGCUGCAUUGAGCAUCACCGCAACAGCUCUGCUUCUGUGGAAAAGAAAGGUGUUGUGCCUUAGAAGCAACCAGCUAAAUAUCCUGAGACAGAAGGUGGAAACGCAGCCCCCUUCAGCCAGCCCACCACCACCACCUCCUGUCUAUGACUGCCUGGAUUUGCAGCAAGUUGAUGUCUAUUCUAUCCUCAAGGACAACACAAACAACCCGUCACCCAGAAAGAGUCCUCCAGGGAAGACACAUAAGAAACAAGCAACUCUAGAAGAAUCCUCUGAUAACUUGUAUGAGAAUAUCUAACAGGGA